GUCCAGAGACAUAAUUACCGCGGUAGCAGCACACUGCACUCAACUUGUUCUCGCGAUGGAAGAGCGUGGGGGUCUACCGACCACGGACACGAGCUACAGCGACGACACCGAGCUGCGCGAGGUGUUUGUCCUGCUCGACCGCGACUGUGACCUGGAGCUGGACUUCGACGAGCUGAAGACGGCUGUGCGGGCGCUGGGCCUUGCCGUGAGCGAGGCCGAUAUGGAGGAAGUACGUGAGGAACUCGAGGCGUGCACGGGACGCACGAGCGUCGACUAUGUGGGCUUCCUGUCGGUGCUGGCCAAGCUAGAGUUCGGACACCUUCGGCAGCCCGAGCUCAACAAUGCGCAGGAAAGGGAGACGCGCAGGGCGCUUCAUAUACUCGACCCCAAUGGCACUGGCUUGGUGAGUGCCCGCGACGUUCGCUGGCUACUGACGACCAUUGGGGAGAAGCUCAGCCCCGAGGAAGUCGACCAGGUCCUGGGCGAGUUGGGACGCCGCGACGAAGGUGACGACCGCGUGCCUUACAAGGACCUUGUCGACAUGCUUUUCAGGGACGGCUGAGUGAUCACAAAGCUGCACUUCUAUUUAGAUAAGGCGGUUUGUAUACUCUUCAAUUGACCUGUCAAUAAAGGGCGUACGUUAAUAAA